UCUGCUUGAUGAUGAAGAUCCCCUAGUGCUCAGGGGACCUGACGAGAGAGGGGGGGGGGGGGUUGCGCUACUGCUUUACGCCAAUGCAAUCACGACUGUCGCUCGCCACUGAGCCAGCAGCACUCACACACAAACCCUCUCACAUUCCCUCUUCCCCACUCUCUCUCUCUCUCUCUCUCUUUCUCUCCACACACACACACUUCCUCUCUCAGUCUCGCACAAGCUUCUUUCGCUCACUUCACCGCUCACUCACUCACUCGCUCCCUCCCUAGCAGUCGUCAUUCUCUAACCGCAUGGACACGCUCCACUUUGGUACAGCUCCUGUGUAUUUUCCAGCUAUUCCGAAGCUGCUGUCUCUGGUGUAACUCGCACCGUGCGUAUAUCUGUCGUUCCUCUCCAGCGUGGGCUCAAAACUGUACACAGAGAAGCGGGAUAAUGAAAGAGAGGCAAAGCAGGAGAGCAGGGUGAGAGAGAGGGAAUUAAAAGAGGAGUAAAAAAAAAAAGAAAGAAGCAGCACAAGGAGAGGGUCUGCUCUUGCGAGGAGAAGGUGGGAGGACAGUUUGAUUCAGUGAUUCUUUGGAUUAAACUGGAGACGUCUCUGCUCUAAAGUGUCCCACUAAAAGGUGAUGAGCUCCAUAAAUCUCUGAGAGGGAUCCUGACAGACCCAAGAAAACUGCUUUCUGGGCACCAGCAGAGGCCUCACCUCACUCAUUCCCCCAUAACCACCUCCACAAGUUGUUUCAGCGUGGCUCAGCUCUCAUCACUGGACUUUAACUUGGGGACCUGAACCUCACAGAUCGCCAAUGCUAACAAGGAACUGCCUGCUGCUGUUCCUUUGGAUUCUCGUCGACGAAGGCUCAUUCUCUUCUUCACGCCCGCCUUCACCACCGCUGGGACGGAGCAGGGCGGGGAAGGAACGCGUCAGGAGUUUGGCGGGCCCGAUGAGGAAUGGGGCGGCUGGAUUUCAACGUGUCAAAAGGGGCUGGGUGUGGAACCAGUUCUUUGUGCUGGAGGAGUACAUGGGGUCAGACCCGCAGUACGUGGGCAAGCUGCACACUGACCUCGAUAGGGGGGACAGUGCGGUGAAGUACACUCUCUCGGGAGACGGGGCUGGCUCCAUUUUCACAAUUGACCAAACAACGGGGGACAUCCAUGCCUUAAGGAGUCUUGACAGGGAGGAGAAGCCUUACUACACCCUACGCGCCCAGGCUGUUGACAUGAACACCAAUAGGCCCCUGGAGCCCGAAUCAGAAUUUGUAAUCAAGGUUCAAGACAUCAACGAUAAUGAGCCAAAAUUCCUGGAGGGACCUUACACGGCCAGCGUCCCUGAGAUGUCACCAGUAGGGACGUAUGUGACGCAAGUGACAGCCACCGAUGCAGACGACCCCACCUACGGAAACAGCGCCAGAGUGGUUUACAGCAUCCUCCAUGGCCAGCCGUACUUCUCCGUCGACCCUAAAACAGGUGUUAUAAAGACUGCCUUGCCCAAUAUGGACAGAGAGGUGAAGGAAGAGUACCAGGUUUUAAUCCAGGCCAAGGACAUGGGGGGCCAGCUGGGGGGGCUGGCCGGAACCACCACCAUCAACAUCACCCUCAGCGAUGUCAACGAUAAUCCACCCAGGUUCUCUAAAAGUUUCUUUCACCUACGUGUUCCCGAGUCUUCUGCCGUGGGGUCUGCUGUCGGCAGAAUCAAAGCCCACGACUUGGACAUUGGCAGGAACGCAGAAGUGGAAUACACCAUCGUGCCAGGGGACGGAGGCGCCAUGUUUGACAUCACCACUAAUGAACACAACCAAGAGGGGAUCAUCAUUCUCAAAAGGCCCUUGGACUAUGAAAGCAAGAAGGCAUACACUUUUAAGGUAGAUGCCUCCAAUGCUCAUCUGGACCCACGGUUUCAAAGCGUCGGGGCCUUCAAAGACACAGCCACAGUGAAGAUUAACGUUUUGGAUGUGGAUGAGCCCCCGGUGUUCAAUAAGCCCUCCUAUGUGAUGGAUGUGUAUGAGGACACACCCGCGGGCACCAUCAUUGGAGCGGUGACGGCACAGGAUUUAGAUGCCAGCAGCAGUCCAGUCAGGUACUCCAUUGACUGGAAGAGCGACCUGGACAGCUACUUUGACAUUGAUCCAGUGGAGGGAACGAUUUCCACAAACGAACUCCUCGACAGAGAGAGCAUCGCCCAGCACAAUAUCUCCAUCGUGGCGACCAAACUUAAUAGUCCAGUUCUGACCAGCCGGGUGGCCGUCACCGUCCACGUCCUGGACAUCAACGAGUUCCCGCCUGAACUCGCCAGUCCUUAUGAGACCUUUGUGUGUGAAAACGCCAAAUUGGGACAGGUGAUUCAGACCUUCAGUGCAAAAGACCAGGAUCUACCGACUGCUGGGCAACAGUUCUCCUUCAGAGCAGCAAAAGAAGAGACGAAGAACAAGAAUUUCACCAUCCGGGACUUUGGAAACAACACAGCUGGAAUUGUGACGAAGCGAGGUGGCUUUAGACGUCGUUUGCAGGAGAUCUACCUCCUUCCUGUGGUGAUUGACGAUAAUGGCUAUCCACCUAAGAGCAGCACCGGCACCCUGACCAUCCGUGUGUGCGGCUGCGAAUCAGAUGGAUCCCUGCUAACUUGCAGCGCGGAGGCCAUCUUUCUCCCCGUGGGUCUCAGCACCGGGGCUCUGAUCGCCAUCCUCCUAUGUAUCAUCAUCCUGUUAGUAAUCGUGGUCCUCUACGUGGGCUUGAGACGACAGAAGAAAAAGGAAACCCUCAUGUCGUCCAAAGAGGACAUCCGGGACAACGUGAUCCACUACGACGACGAGGGAGGCGGCGAGGAGGACACGCACGCGUUCGACAUGGGGACGCUUCGCAAUCCAAAGGUUGUCAAAGAGAACCUGUUCCGCAGGGACGUCAAACCCGAGAUGAAGCGAGGUCCCAGGGCGCCCGUCUCUCAGGACAGCGCCGACAUCCGAGAUUUCAUCAACCAGCGUCUGAAAGAGCACGACGUGGACAACUCGGCGCCGCCCUACGACUCCCUGGCCACGUACGCCUACGAGGGCGACGGCUCCGUGGCCGAGUCGCUCAGCUCCAUCGAGUCCCUCACCGUAGACCUCGAGGAGGACUAUGAUUACCUCACCGAGUGGGGGCCCCGCUUCAAGACACUAGCAGGGAUAUUUGGGGAACAGUCAGAAACACAGUCGGACUCAACCACCACGGAGAACACGCAUUGAUGUUAUUCACAGACUUGAAAAGCAAAUAUGUAACAAUGUUCUUUUGGUUGGUAACACACACAAACAAACACAAGUUUUACCAUUCUUUUUCCUCCCAUGUUAUCUGUUUUCAUCUUUUUUCCAGCUCACUGUUUUCUAUUAGGUGGUACUUUGCCAUGCUCAGUCCCAAAAUUGUAAAAAGAAAAAAAUGAGGGAACAUACGGUAACAUGAUUAGAUGAGCCAAGCAGCCGUUCAAUUAUCUUUCAAUUGAAUGUUCUUGUCUUACAUUUUGUUUCCUCUUGGGGAAUACGCAUACACGGAAAUGUUAUCAUUUCCCAGAACAUCCUUAAAAGUGCCUCAAUAUAAUUGUUCUUUCACUUGCUAUUUCAUGCCACAUAUCCAGUGUUGUUCCUUAGAAGCCCAUAGGUUAAGCUGAUUCAGUCAGCAUACUGUGCUCUGACUGGCUGAAGCAUCUACCAAGACCAAUGUCAACUCUGUGGGGACAAUGACGUGGCCCGAGUUUGGCCAAAGAUGUUUUGAAUGUUAUUUAUUGUUCUAUUUAUUUAUUGGCUGAUUGAGUUUGAUUAGAUUUUUGUGUAUUUAUCUAUUUAUCUCUCAGUCAUCAAUCUGUAUUUUUUAUUUUUGGAGACACUCGAGGAAUUUUGUAAUUAAAUGGCCCACAUGAAAAUGUAUGUUUCUGUUAGGUGGGUCCUGUGAAUAGACUUGUACUAGAGUUGUAAAAAAAAAUUUAUUAGGGCUAAAUACUGCAGUUCAGUCAUGUAAUAAACACAGUUUUCUUAAAUAAACCACACUUGGACAAACUCUC